AUGCCGAAAGGGAUGACGGUGAAGACUGUGCGGGGCAAAUUGCCGCCUCCGCGGGCUCUUGCACAGAUAUUCCUGCGGACCCGCUUUCUACUCGCGAUAUUCAUGGUCGGGCUCGUCAUCAUGCUCUGGCGGAGCCUCAGCGGGCCUGCUGCGAACUUGCAAAAGUAGUGUUCCCCCAUUCGGUGCGGCUAUUAGCGAUUAAGGGGCUGGAUCCGGGGUGAAUUGGGAGGAAUCGAUGCGGGAUUGAGCGUUGGAUUUUUUUCCACACGGCUUCAUCUGCAAAGGGCUAUCGCGGUCAAAGUUUGUGCUGACGAAUGGCUCCCUUAGGUUUUACUGCUUUGGCCCGGCCAAGUCGCCAUUGGAGAUUUCUGCCAAUGAACAUAAUAGCUGGCACGCUCACCAGCGUACGCCAAUAUUGUUCAACCACCACGAACCCUUGGUAGUGGAUACCCAAACCAUUCAGAACGACGACUUGAACUCGAUCAAAUCCACCCCCGAAGCCUGGAAGAACAAGGAGCGGGUCUUGAUCCUCACGCCGCUUCGCGAUGCAUCUUAUUACCUGGCCAAGUACUUUGACCUUGUCUCACAGCUGACCUAUCCCCAUGACUUGAUCGACCUAGCAUUCCUCAUCAGUGAUACCAAAGAUGAUACCAAGGCUGCCUUGGUCCAGGAGCUGCAGAGGAUUCAGAAGGGUGUCAAGCCAUUCCGAAGCGUCAAGAUUGUUGAGAAGGAUUUCGGAUUGAGUGAGAGCCAGGAUGUUGAGGUUAGGCACUCGUUUGCCUUUCAAGGCCCCCGGAGAAAGGCUAUGGGCCGCGCGAGAAACUAUCUUUUAUACAGUGCUUUGAAAGCCGAUCAUUCUUGGGUCUAUUGGAGGGACGUGGAUAUUGUUGACAGCCCAGAACGCAUUUUGGAAGACUUCAUGUCCCACAACAGGGACGUUAUCGUUCCGAGUAGGAUCCACCCGUUCCCGGUGCCAUUCAGGGAGAUGUGUCGCUGACUUUUGAUAGACAUUUGGUUCCACAGGUAUCGCGAUGGUCACGAUAUUGAGGGUCGCUGCAAGUGGCCCUUUCAUCCCCCAUUUUUUAAACUUUCCCGUGAGAGACACCGGAGCUAACCAAGACAUUGGCUGUAGUUGACUACAACUCGUGGCAAGAAUCCGAGAAAGGCCUAGCUCUUGCUGCCAAACUUCCCAAGGAUACCGUCUUGGCUGAAGGUAUACUGAGAUCACGAACUUAUUCCCCGGGUGCCUGGUCUGAUAAAAAUGUUUUCAUAGGGUACAAGGAGUACGACACCGGGCGGAACUGUAUGGCCAGGAUGGGCGAUUGGAGACUGGAUAAGGACGAGGAAAUAGAACUUGACGGGAUCGGAGGUGUCAGCAUCCUUGUGAAGGCUGACGUUCAUCGUUCAGGUUAAUAGUCACACCUUCACGCCCGGUGAAUGGACCGCCGGCUGAUGACUGAUAGGAAUCAACUUUCCCGCUUAUGCCUUCGAGAACCAAGCUGAGACUGAGGGCUUCGCCAAGAUGGCCAAGCGCGCCGGUUACGAAGUCAUUGGGUUGCCAAACUACGUUGUAUGGCACAUCGACACGGAAGAGAAACCUGGCAAUGCCUAAACCUAGCAAUAUUCUACCCCCUAACAUAAUCAAGAAUAUAGAGACCCAGAGUUAUGACGGAGACGAUAUAGGGGGAACCGAUGAGAGAAGGGAAACAACAAGGCAAAAAUUUACUAUUCACGGAUUAGGUGGUGGGAAUGGGGACUAAUUGGGAUUUUAAUUGGAGUACUGGGAUUUUUAUUUUUUAUUUUUGUAUUUUCUUUUCUUUUCGUUCGCUUCCUCGGGCCUGGCUUGGUUUGGGUGGGGAAGCGGUGGAUGGAUGUAUGGGCGGGUGGGAUUAGCGGUGAUGGGGAGGAAGGAAGAGAAAGACUUGUCGGCCCAUGUGCGCUUUGCCACCCAUCCCCUGUUACUUCGGUUUGUUUUAAUUGGGGGUUUGUGUCGGUUGUGGAUUAGAUUUGCUAUCAUACUAUUACUGUAUCGAGAGUGAGGUUUGCAGUUUUUCUUUUUUUUUUUCUUUUUUACUUCUACCCUUUUUUUAUAUUUAUAUAUUCUGGCG